AUGAUUCUUUACACAGGACAAGCUACCUAUUAUAAUAUUGAAGGUGGUUACACAGCCUGUGUCACAUUGCAAAAUGACAAUCAGUUCCUUGUUGCUAUGAAUGCUCCUCAGUUUGAUCCCUAUACAUCUAAUGGCAAUCCAAAUAGAAAUUCAUUGUGUGGUAAAACAGUAAGAAUAAAUGGACCAAAGGGAUCAGUUACCGCAGUGGUUAUUGAUAGAUGUCCCAGUUGUCAGUAUGGUGAUUUAGAUUUAACACCAGCUGCUUUUCAAGCUAUAGCCGACCUUAGCCAAGGACGUGUUAGUAUAAGUUGGUCGUGGUUAUAG